UGCGCAUGCGCGUGUCAUUUCGGCCCUGUUCGCUCCGCCAUUUUUGUCGGCUAACCCAUUGUUUAAUCUGGAGCUAACAGCAGUGGUAAAUCACUUCGUACUGCGCAAUAAAAAUAACUUAACGGCGUCAUAGGCAGCUGCCCGCGACAGUCGUGGAUUUGUUCUCAGGGUUGCGACUUGUUCUCGGCCAGCAAGUUAGACAGAAUGGACGAUGACCUGCCCAGAACGCUGUAUGUGGGGAAUCUGUCCCGGGAUGUGACGGAGGCCCUCAUCCUGGAGUUGUUUGGCCAGAUUGGACCCUGCAAGAGCUGUAAAAUGAUAGUAGAUACAGCAGGUCAUGAUCCGUACUGCUUUGUGGAGUUCUAUGAGCAUAGACAUGCAACUGCCACAAUCGCAGCCAUGAAUGGUCGGAAAAUACUGGGUAAGGAGGUCAAGGUCAACUGGGCCACGACGCCAACCAGUCAAAAGAAAGACACAAGCAGUCACUUCCAUGUCUUUGUUGGAGAUCUAAGUCCUGAAAUCACCACAGAUGACAUAAGAGCAGCUUUUGCUCCAUUUGGGAAAAUAUCGGAUUGUCGAGUGGUGAAAGACAUGGCCACAGGUAAAUCUAAAGGCUAUGGCUUUGUCUCCUUCUUCAACAAAUGGGAAGCAGAGAACGCCAUACAGCAGAUGGGAGGACAGUGGCUGGGAGGCAGGCAGAUCAGAACCAACUGGGCCACGAGGAAACCUGCUCCUAAAACUAUGACUGAAACAACCAAUACCAAGCAGCUGUCUUUUGAUGAGGUGGUGAACCAGUCCAGCCCCAGCAACUGCACCGUCUACUGUGGAGGCGUCACGACAGGUCUCACAGAGCAAAUAAUGAGACAGACCUUCUCACCUUUUGGCCAAAUAAUGGAAAUCCGUGUUUUCCCAGACAAAGGCUACUCAUUUGUGAGGUUCAGCUCGCAUGAUGCGGCAGCUCAUGCCAUUGUUUCUGUCAAUGGCACAUCCAUAGAGGGCUAUGUAGUCAAGUGUUACUGGGGCAAGGAAACAACAGACAUGGUUAGCCCCAUUCAGCAAGUACAGAUGCCACAGCAGAACACUGUGAGCUUCGCAGCACAGCCCUACAGUCAGUGGGGCCAGUGGUACAGUAACACACAGCAGAUUGGUCAGUAUGUACCCAAUGGAUGGCAGGUGCCCAGCUACGGAGUCUACGGACAGUCCUGGGAUCAGCAGGGCUACAAUCCUUUACAUGCUGGUGCUGGAUGGACAGGAGUGGGUGCUGUGAGCAAUGGAAGCAUGGUGGAGCCUGGGCAGGGAGUGAAUGGGACGAUGCUAACCAACCAGGCUGGCAUGAGCACUGCUGGCUACCAUACCCACUGAUCACUGGUCCCAGUAGCCCCCUCUCUCAGCCUCUGAGGCCACAAGGAUAAUACUGCUGGGGAAGGACUGCAUUAAAAGUGCUCUCUGUA